AUGACAGGUGGACCUAUUCCUACUCUAGAAAAUGGAAGACAAUAUGAAAGCAAGAUCACAAUAUUCGUGUUGGUCACAUGUUUUGUAGCAGCCAUGGGUGGUCUACUCUUUGGUUAUGAUCUUGGAAUCACGGGAGGAGUAACUUCCAUGGAACCAUUCUUAAUAAAAUUCUUUCCGAGUGUUUAUAAAAAAAUGAAAGAUGAAUCUAUCCAUGAAAGUCAAUACUGCAAAUUUGACAAUGAACUCCUUACUUUGUUCACCUCUUCUUUAUAUCUUGCUGCAUUAGUAGCUUCUUUCUUUGCUUCCACCACCACAAGAAUGAUGGGACGUAAGACCUCAAUGUUUGCAGGUGGUUUAUUCUUCCUUGUUGGUGCAUUGUUGAAUGGUUUUGCCAUCAAUAUUGAAAUGCUCAUCCUAGGUCGAUUAUUACUUGGUUUUGGUGUUGGAUAUUGUAAUCAGUCUGUACCUGUGUAUUUGUCUGAAAUGGCUCCAACAUCGAUAAGAGGUGCACUUAACAUUGGAUUCCAAAUGAUGAUCACAAUUGGCAUCUUGAUUGCAAACCUUAUCAAUUAUGGCACCGCCAAACUAGAAUAUGGUUGGAGAAUUUCUUUAGGUGUUGGUGGAAUUCCUGCAAUCAUGUUAUGUGUAGGAUCUCUUUUCUUAGGUGACACCCCUAACUCCUUAAUUGAAAGAGGUAAAGAAGAAGAAGCUAAGAAAAUGUUGAAAAAGAUUCGUGGCAUGGAUAAUGUUGAUGAGGAGUUCCAAGACCUUGUUAAUGCAACUAAAGCAGCCAAAGGUGUGGAACAUCCAUGGAAGAACAUUAUACAACCAAAAUACAGACCUCAACUCACGUUUUGCUCUCUGAUUCCAUUUUUCCAACAAUUCACUGGCAUCAAUGUCAUCAUGUUUUAUGCACCUGUCCUUUUUAAAACUUUAGGCUUUGGUAAUGAUACUUCACUUAUGUCUUCAGUUAUCACUAGAGGUGUUAAUGUGGUUGCCACUUUUGUUUCCAUUUUCUCUGUGGACAAGUUUGGAAGAAGGAUAUUGUUCCUCGAAGGGGGCAUUCAAAUGCUUAUUUGUCAGCUUGCUGUUGGAAUCAUGAUUGCUCUAAAGUUUGGGGUGAGUGGUGAAGGCUAUUUUAUCAACGGAGAAGCCAGUCUUCUCUUAUUCUUUAUAUGCGCAUACGUUGCAGUAUAUGCAUGGUCUUGGGGUCCCCUUGGGUGGUUGGUUCCUAGUGAAAUAUGUUCUCUUGAGGUUCGAUCUGCGGGCCAAGGCACCAAUGUUGCUGUAAACAUGUUAUUUACCUUUGUCAUUGCACAAGUUUUCCUAACCAUGCUUUGUCACCUGAAGUUUGGUCUUUUCUUUUUCUUUGCUGGAUUUGUGCUUAUCAUGACCAUUUUUGUUGCCUUGCUCCUACCCGAGACAAGAAAUGUUCGAAUCGAAGAAAUGAACAAAGUUUGGAAAUCACAUUGGUUUUGGAGGAAAUUUGUUUCGGAUGAUGUAGUCAACAGUGGACAUCCUUGUUAUAUGCAUGGUCUUGGGGUCCCCUUGGGUGGUUGGUUCCUUGUGAAAUAUGUUCUCUUGAGGUUCGAUCUGCAGGUCAAGGCACCAAUGUUGCUGUGGUGGCGGCGAGAUCGUGGUGGUUGUUUGCGGUGGCUCGAUUUGGUGAGGAGGGCGGCAAGGCGUGAAGAACUUGCGGAGAAGAAAGGUUGCGCGAUUUCGAAGGAGACGAACGGGACUCCGGCGAUGGUGGUCGUGGUGGCAGCUGUUGAUGAUGAGGGCGGCGACGGAUCUUGCGAGGAAGAUGAACGGUGGUUGCGGAUGAUGAUGCGCGACGGAGGCGGAGCUUGCGUCAAUGGAGGAGAAGACGAAGAUGGAGGUGCGAUGGUGAUGCGCGACGGAGGAUGGAGGCAGCUUCACGGUGGCGGUCUUGGUGGCUUCGAACCCUUGCGCGAAGGAGAAGGAAGGUGGCGGCGGUCUUGCGGCGUGGUUGCGGCGGAAGCGGAACGGCGUCUGACGGCACUGGCGGCUAGGGUUUCUGUGGAGAAGGUGGAAGAUGAUGCUCAUGGGUUAGGGCUGACGUGGCAUGAUCUGGUGGACUCUAGCUUAGGAGGGGUAUGGGUAAGGAAAUUUAGGGGGUGUAUUUAG